AGUCAGCUGGUUUUGAAGGAGAAGCUUUGAGUUAGAAGAUGGCGGCGCUGGUGGCAGGUGUUCAGUAUGGUUUAACUUCACAGGGACAUUUUAAUGAAAAUAAAUCUUUAAUAUUUGUGAAAUUGACGGAUUCUGCGAUCAGAGCGAUAGAAGAAUAUCUUAAGAUUAGGAAUAAAAGCAGUCAAACUCCUACUAUACAGUUCCUAGGAAAUGAAGGGCACCUGUUUCUGCCAAAUGGGCAAUCAAGAGGCCGUGCUGGGUUUAAAUUCAGUCUUUCUAGUAAUUCUGAUAUAGAAGGUCCACAAGGUAGUUUUGAAUGUAUACAACACAGCGGUCAAAGAUGCUUAGAAAGUGUCGGACCCCUGCCUUGCAAGAUGCGGGUGCAAGCAAACGAGGAUGUGUACGAAACUACACGGAGCAGGAUGCAGGCGGCUGAAAAACAGCAAAAAGAAAAUUGCACAAGAGAAAUCGAACUGGACAGAACUGGCAUCGGCAGGAGGAUAAAAUUGAGGAAACCAAUUAAUGGAAUAGCCCCAAUUGCACAAAGAAAGAGCAUGGGACUGCCACCUUCGAGUCACACUCCACCUCCCCUUGGUCAUACCAGGCCGCAGGGAAAUAACCACGCACAGAAACCAGGAAAUCCUGAACUAAUGAAAAGGCCUAUCAGAGAUAGAAUCAUACAACUCCUUGCAGUACGGCCUUACAAAAAGCCUGAACUGUUUAUGGCCUUAAGUAGAGAUGGCCUGAAGGACAAAGAUAGAAGUAAUCUAAUGAAUACUAUAAAAAGUGUUGCCACCGCCAAAGACAACACUUACCAUUUAAUGAGGCACAUGUGGAAUGAUGUACAGGAAGAUUGGCCUUUCUACACGGAACAAGAUAGGCAAAUGUUAAAAAGACGUAAACCUGAAAAUUUAACACCACCUGGGAGUAGUGAUGGUGGCUCUUCACAAUCACCAUCAAGCGUUCACCCCGGAAGCCCACCUUCAGCUUCAGAACCUAUACCAACGGCAAAACGACCUGGGUAUUAUGAUGGAGCUGACGGUUUGCCAACCAAAAGGCAGAGAAUUUCACAUUAUAGGAAGCCUACUCCUCCUGGAAAUGGCAGUACAGGUGGAGGAGGCAUUGGUGGUGGUGGCGGAGGUGGCGCGGGAGUGACAGGUGGAGGAGGAGGAGGAGGAGGAGGAGGAGGCGGUGGUGGUGGCGGCGGCGGCGGAGGAGUAGCGGCAGGGGGAGACCACACAAUUAACCAAAAUAAACUCGUAAUGCCAGAUCCUGCACCACCGACUCCUCCUCAAGAAACCAGUCCACCCAAGUACCCACCCGAUUACCCCAAAUAUCUUAUUGAUUACACAACGAUAAAGGACACCGACCAGAGGCGGAGAUACAAAGAUGACUUCAAUGCCAAUUACAACGAGUAUAAACAAUUACAUUCUGUCGUUGAACAAGUAUCUAAGAGGUUUACUCAAUUAGACGAAAGACUCAAAAGGGAAGAACGAGAGAGUGAAGGCUGGCAGAGAAUUAAGGACCAAAUAAUGAAAGAAUAUAUUGAAAACAAAAAGAACACAAGGCAUCAAGACGCUAAAAGAAGGUUUCAGUAUCUUCACGAGAAACUUUCUCAUAUUAAAAGGCUUGUUCUUGAGUAUGACUCUAGAGAAUUUCCAACAAAAAACUCAUAACAUGAACAGAACCCCCUCAUAUUCAUGUAACUCUAACGAAAAGGAGCAAGAAAAGCAAAUAAAUAAAAAAGAAAAAGGUCGAAGCAAA